UUGUUUGUUUGGUAUGUUCCUCUUUUGUGAUGAAGCUGAAUAACUAUCAAAGCUAAAUUUAACUGAGAAAUUCGAAAAAAUCUGUGAUAAUUAUAUUCAGUAAAUGGCCCUGAGCUGUAUGUUUCCAUACCUCAUAUGAUAACGUGUUAAAAUUAAGAUAAGUAGCGGACCUCCUCUAUCACAGAGCAGGAAGGGUGGAGACAUCUGUAAUUAACACGUCUGUUCACAGAGAAAGUGGCUGUUAAUUCUGCUGCUGAUCAACUCAUCUUAACACAUCAACUGGUUUUAAGACUAAAGUGUUUUAGUUUCAGUUGCAGAAAUCCUGGUAAGUUUACAUUGUUGAUCAAUUAACCAAAUAUUUCAGCAUGCUUCUUUAUUUGUACAAUUUGUCAAAAAGAUUCAAUAUAAUUUAAGUGUUUUUGCUUUCUAUUAUUAACAAAUAUUCAUGAGGAGUUUAUGAAGUUUCUCAUGAUUUCAGUGCAGGGAAAACUUUUGAAGAGCAACCUUGGAGUUAUUCCUCAUUUCUCCUUCUUAAACUUAUCAAUUGAAACUUAUCUGUGAGUUAAGCUUAUGGGUGAAAUGUGUAGAGUGCAUUUAAAGCUGCUUUGCUAUGAGCUAAACCUCUAAUUUCAGACCUACUUUAAUAAAUCACUGAAAUGUUUGGUUUCCAGUCUGAGAUGAAUAAGGACCGCCUGAAUCUGAUGGCAGCUCUGUGCGAGAGAGUGUUGGUAGUCAACAUGUUACUGAGUGUCUUCUUUCUUCCAGGCGCUUUGGCUGAUUGUACUGAUCCAGUCCUCAUUGCUGACACACCUGGGCAGAUUGAAGCACUGAGUGGAUCUUGUUUGCUACUACCAUGCAGCUUUAAUUCAACGGAUUCCACAUAUGACAAGACCAGAGAUAUUUAUGGAAUUUGGUUGAGAAACAGCACACGUAUAGAUUCUGCUAUUUUUAACAGCAGUGGCUCAGUUAACAUCUACUCACUGAAAAUGAUCGGAAACCUGACAGAAGAAAACUGCACCACUCUGUUUCCUGACUUAAAAACAAGUCAUACAGGCAAAUACUUCCUCCGAAUUCAGAACUGGCCAUUUAGGGCAACAGCUGUUUGUGAGCCUGUUCAGAUAAAAGUAAGAGAUUCUCCUUGGAGUCCCAGCAUUAACAUCCCUGCUGAUCUGAAGGAGCAUCAGUCUGUCACUAUCAGCUGCUCAGCUUUGACUCCCUGUCCACACUCACCUCCUGAACUCACCUGGAGUCUCCAACAAGACUCUCACAGACAAACAGAGAAAAACACAGAGGGAACCUUUACAACUAAAAUCCAGGAGACCAUCACUCUGUCAGACACACAUGAUGGAUACAACAUCAGCUGUUCUGCCACAUAUCCUGUGAAUGGAGGAAACAAGAUAGCAGAGACAGAAGUGACUCUCAGUGUUUCAUAUGCUCCUAGAAACACCUCAGCAUCCAUCAGUCCAUCAGGUUUGGUGUCAGCAGGUAGCUGGGUGGAGCUGAGCUGCUCCAGCAGAGCCAAGCCUCCUGCCAGCUUCACCUGGUUCAGGAACAGCAAACAUGGAGCCAUUGAUGUCUCUGUGGGGCAGGUUUACAGCUUCUAUGCUACUGAGGGAGGAGAAUAUUACUGUGUGGCUACAAAUGAUCUGGGUGAUGAUGCAUCAUCAACAGUCUGUAUCAGUAUCAAAGAUUCUCCUUGGAGUCCCAGCAUUAACAUCCCUGCUGAUCUGAAGGAGCAUCAGUCUGUCACUAUCAGCUGCUCAGCUUUGACUCCCUGUCCACACUCACCUCCUGGACUCACCUGGAAUCUCCAACAAGACUCUCACAGACAAACAGAGAAAAACACAGAGGGAACCUUUACAACUAAAAUCCAGGAGACCAUCACUCUGUCAGACACACAUGAUGGAUACAACAUCAGCUGUUCUGCCACAUAUCCUGUGAAUGGAGGAAGCAAGACAGCAGAGACAGAAGUGACUCUCAGUGUUUCAUAUGCUCCUAAAGACACCUCAGCAUCCAUCAGUCCAUCAGGUUUGGUGUCAGCAGGUAGCUGGGUGGAGCUGAGCUGCUCCAGCAGAGCCAAGCCUCCUGCCAGCUUCACCUGGUUCAGGAACAGCAAACAUGGAGCCAUUAAUGUAUCUGUGGGGCAGGUUUACAGCUUCAAUGCUACUGAGGGAGGAGAGUAUUACUGUGAGGCUACAAAUGAUCUGGGUGAUCAGAGAUCACCAGUGAUCCUUCUUAGUAGUGGAGCAGGACUCAGUGUCUAUGUUACACUGAAGAUCCUGGGAAUAAUAAUGCUCUGCAGUGCAGUCUGCCUCUUUGAGUGCUGGUUUAGGUUCUACAACAUACUGGGGAAGUAAAAUCCCUGAAGAGGAGUCCAGCCUGGACAGCUCACCGGUCCAUCACAGGCCCAACCAACGUGUCAUGGAAGGGAUUUCUGAUGUCUUCACUGUCACCUUUGACUGUACAUGUGUUUGAUUUUGAUCAUUUGGUUUAUCAUGCAAAGGAGGAUUCCUCUAAGUAAGAAAAGGAAAUCCUGUUUAGUACAACUAGAAUGUUUUUUUUUCAAGUGUUACUUUUAAUUUAUGGUCAUUUUACCUGAUGUUUAAUAUUCAAGACAAGAUUUUAAAGGAUUUUGUUGACCUAGAUAAAAUUAAAUUUGUUAUAUAUUUUUUUCCUAAAACAAGAACUUGGAGUCAUUAUAUUAAAAAUAGUUUUUGAUGUAUAAAAGGGCAACAUCAUUUAUAUAUUUAUUGCUACAUGAAACCAAAUUUAACACCAGCUCCAAGUUUCUCCAGCUGUGGUCCGUGUUCCUCUGGUGUUCCUCAGGGUAAAGCUCCUGAAUGUUCAGAGCUCCAGUCUUCAUCAGGUCAACAUGAUGCCUUAAAUCACGUUUUUCACAUUUUAAACAAAGUUUACUGAAACAAAGCUUACAGAGAGUCACUAUUCCUGUUUAUCAGCCUUGGUCUAUUUUAAAGUUUCCUUUGCUUCAGUCACAUCGUGACUCUGUCCUAUCAGGUAUUGCUCCUGUUUAUGAAACUCGUUUCCUUUUCUCCUGUCUCUCUCCUCUUGUUGCCUGAAAUGUUUCAGUCUCUGCCUGCAAACUAAACUCCAUCAGCUGCAUUCAGACUCUAGAGGUCCUGCCAUGUUUGCUUACGGUCUGAUUAAAAGCUUUGAAAUAAAUGGAGUAAGUUGGUUUGUUGUGUCAUUCAGGUUUCUUAUAGAGACUGAAACCAGCCCGUUUACUGGAUGUGAAGUUUCUUAGUUAUGCAGACUAGAAACAUGUUUAUUAUUCAUGCUUUUCUGAUUUUCUGUUUAUAUGAAAGACUUCUGUUUAUUAGUCAAAGGUAACUAAGAAAAGAGAAAUUAUCACUGAGGUGCAAAAAGUUCUUUUCUUUUCCCAAUAAUAUCCAUCAGAAAUAUCACAUAGAGUUAACUAAUAUUGUUGGUAAAACAAUUUCUACACAAAGAGAAG